UAUAAGUAUCACUUCUGCCCCGAUUGAUUUGCAUGGCCGAUCUGGCAGGAACUGGGAGAACGGCAAAUGGCGACGGGUAUUUUUCAACAUGUUUUGGUGUUUUAGGUGGAAGAGGUCGUUGGAAAUGUCUAGGAAAUCGCAAAGGACAUGAGUAAGAUGAGCGACAGUGUCACAAAGCAGUACAUAGAGGAUUACUGCAUCAACAGAAUACGACGGGGAAAUAUCGACCUGGAGAGCUACCAACAUGUGAGCCAAGAGCCCUUCAACACGGUGGCCAGAAGAAUGCGGGAAAUAGGUGAAGAAAUAGAAAGCAGAAAUCCCGACUUCUUUGCAGGAUGCUGCGAGCAGCUUCACAUCAGUGAAACCACAGCGUAUGCCAAGUUUAAGGACCUCGCAGAUGAGCUGUUUAAGGACCAAGAAAACGGGCAAAGGGGGACAUGUAUGUCGUGGGGUAGAAUAGCAGCCUUCAUCACGUUCAGCGGCCGGCUGGCUUUACAUUGUGCGUCCAAUAACAUGGAGUCGUUAGUCCCCAGCGUUAUAGGCUGGACCUCCAGAUAUAUUGACACCAAGUUGGUGGUCUGGAUGAGCGAUCAUCAAGGCUGGGACGGCUUUCUUGACUUCUUCGACAAGAAUCGCGUGCGGGAAACGGAGAACGAAAUCUUAACUAACGCUAUCGGCACUGCGUUAACAUACGGGGCUGUGGGCGUCGGGGUCGUCGCAGGACUUGCCAUGCUUUUCCGGCGGUGAAACAAAAAUGCUUUGUCCAUUUGCUGCAAGCUGAUAGAUAUCAGACUUUCAUAAACUUGUCGCGGACUUUGACACAGCUCCGCUUUUCUGGUGGUACAUAGUGACUUCAGCCAAGUCGUCAUGUUGCCCAACUGGAAGAGAUUUUCCCCAAGAAUGGACGCAGUCAACAGACAUCGAGGAUUUGAAAGCCGUAUUCUUGUACCUUUGUUUCCGCUACACUUGUAAACAGUGUAAAUAUUUUACUGGUCAUCGUUGUCGAGCAAGAGCGGGGAGGAAGGGAAUCAUCAAUGGAGAGUUUAAUCCACAAAAAAAGAAGAAAAUAACAGGGGAAAAAAAAUGAAGGCCUCAUUCAUUCAGGGGGUAUCACAGAGUGACUUUGAAUUUCUGUCAGGAGGACAGAUAAGAAAGAAAAAAGUUAAAUUGUUUAUUGCCACCCUGCAGCUGAAUUGAGUGUUAAAAAAAAAAAAUGCCGUGUAUGUCCAGUCCACUGUCUAGCCCUUUGUCGAAUCCAGUUCUGUACUUUCCCCCCUCGAUUCAAUCGUAUUUCCUGACUCCUUUUAGAAACGGGACAUGUUUGCAAGGAUUUGAUUUCAGGUUCUUGAAAGGAACGGUUGAAUGGCACUGGCAGUUCAUUACAACCAACCAAAACUUCUUCUUUUGUCGAUGCAUUACACACCCACACACUCUUUUCGGAGAAACAUGUGUACUUGCUCAGAUUGAUAUCACUGUCAUUUCAUGCAAAACAAGUGUUCCCUUUUGGUGUUUGACCCUGCCUUGAAUCAAUCUAUUAUUGCGGGGGAGGUCUUAAGAUGUUUCAUAUUUCACCUACAGAAAUGGCCAUGUCUGCCCCUCUUUCUUACCAGCCCUGGCAAAUUCCCAUGGGUGGUGUAUUACUUACACUGAACAUCCAACAUAAUCCCAACUCACUUUUGUGGACUCACUUCUGUCCUAACAAACCCUUAUCCCUGUACAUUGUACAGGCUGUCUCUUGGGUUUCAAAGUAGAAUCAAAAACAGUCUUAGAGCUCCGAGGACAAACAUUUCUGAAUGCCAUAGAUUGAAGAAGAAAACAAAAAACAGUUUCAAGAACACGAACAGAACCUUGUACAAAACACCGUCAAAUUGCAUGAUUUGUAACUGCCCAAAAGGACACUAGAUUUUACACACUUUUGUUCAUCAGUGUCUCAUAUUUCAACUGUGUACAGUAAUAGACUGAUGCACUAAGGCCCGCCCUAUGAUGUUUGGACCAAUCACAGUCAGUGAUUAAUGUCAAACAUGCGUGCGCUUGCGUACAGUGUGCGCGUCAGUUACAUGCAGUGUAGCAGGGGAGAGACGCACGUGGUGUUGCCCACGUGCAGCAGUGGGUGGUGCUUAAUGUAUCGUGUCUGUUCCCUUUCUGUUAUGCGCACACUGCACAUACAUUGCACUGGGCAGGGCCCAAUUUCUUGGCUCUGCUUACCGUUAGCGAAAAAUGCCUGCUUAUGGUAAGCGUAUUUCACAGGUUAGUGAGGAAUUUUGGCUUCUACGUAUGCGUACAUCCCAUAACUAAAGCUUCUGUGCUUACAGGAAUUUUUGUGCUAGCGCUGUUAGCACAAACUGAUGAUCGUAAGCGUGGAAUUCUGUGGUUAACAGAGCCAUAAAAUUGGGCCCAGAUCCGAAGACUUCAUAUCUGAGGGCGCCAAAUACAUUUCAGGUUGUCCUUUUGCACACAGGCUGCGUCCCACUUACUUGGCUAUGGUUAGCAGUAACACACCAUCUAUGGGAAGUGGCUGCAGUCACUUUCCAAGUACCGUAAGCCGUGUCCGAAUUACUUGGCUACGGCUUGGAAUUACACACACGUCUAUGAUAGCGGCUGCAGCCACUUUCCAUACACUCGUGUGUAAAUUCAAGCCGUAGCCAAGUAAUUUGGACACGGCUAAUUUGGAGGCAGACUGAGUUCCAUUUCAAUUUGACGGCAUCACAUGUGGCUCCGAACUUUGAAAUAUCCAACGAUCAAAUAUCAUGUCACAAUGAAGAGAC